AUGAAGUUCCUCUUGCUCGCUUGUCUACUGGCUACGAGCUUAUUAUUAUCCGUCACCGCGAAAACCGAGGUCGAGGAUGCCGAGGAGAAGCCGGAGAUUACGAAGUUGGAAGUAGUCGAUCUCGGCGAGGGCGAGGGCGACGUGGAUGACGCGGAAGAAGUUCAGAAAAAGAGGGAUUCGGGAUAUUCGUACAGGAGGCCGGCCAACCACGCUUCAGCCUCGAGAGCUCGUUUCCAAAUUGGGCAAUCAACCGGUCACGGAGGGCGCAUAGUUAAUAGACAUCCCGGGCAAAUAAAUAGACCGGUUACGAAAUACGGUCCACCCGGUUAUCAGAACUCGUCCCCAACGAGGGUGACUUCGUUGCACGGUCAACAGAAUCGGGAUAAAUUGCAAUUCCACGGACAUUUCGGUCAACAACAUUCGAGCAACUUCGAUGGCCGUCCAGGUGGGCUCCCGUUCGAGCAGGAAAUACCAAGUCCUAUCAGACAGGUCGAUUUCGUGGAACCGAAUCCGAUAUCGACGCAAAACGACGAGCCGUUUGCCGGCAAUUCGGCCAAUUACUUGCCUCCCCACAAUCAAAAGUUACCCGGCCCUUCCACGCCGCAGAUCUUCUCGCCCGUCCACCAGGGGCAGCAACAACAAUUGGCGAAUUUUCAAAAUCGGGACGUCGCUCAACCGCAAGGACAUAUAUCAGACGCUGCCCUUUUCCUCUCUCAAAACGCUCAAGCCAUACAACAGCUUUACGGCGCCCCACCGAACGAGCAGGAUUUCGCGCCGAACGCCGAUCAAUUCCUAGGCCACACGAAUCAAGUACAAAACCCCAGCAGCAGCCAGUUGCAAAAUUUCGAGGCGACCUCUCAAACCCCGCAAAACUUCCCGGGUCCUCCCUUACCCUCGUACGCGUCUGGAACUCUCACAGCCCAAGAGACGUUGCAACAGAUACAAUCCCUCGAAAAGGAUAGGCUGAUCGCCCAGUUGCAGCACGCGCUCGCCACCCAGGCUCAGCACUCGCAAAACGUAGUGGACGUAGCUGGAAGGUACGCUCAAAAUCAGCCUGGCUUCGUUCAGAAUCAAGAUCUUCUGGCCUCCAUCGGGCAGCGAAUCGCGAAGUUUCACGGUUUAAACGCGCGACCGAGCACCGUGAACUUCGGUUCCGGAAACACAGCUUUCAAUCAAUCACCUUUUUUGCCAGGGACGACCAUCGGUCCGGGGUUUCCGCUUAGCUACGGACCGUCCACCACCGUUCGGCCUUCGACCACCACCGCGACGACAACCGCCACCGCAACACCAACCACCGUGCAACCCCCUCAGCCGGCCAAACCCGACGGAACCUCUCAAGUCGGUUCUUCGCUGCCCGCGCCGUCCCCGCCGCUUCCUGUUUACGGAGGAUUCGUCCCGUUCCUGGCAGGCACCGCUUUCCUGUCCAACGUCCCCUCCUACGGCCCCGCGUUCCUCGCACCCGGCCCCCUCACCGCCCUCCACUCCUCCAGCUCCUCGCCCACUCACUUCGGUCUCCCCAUACCCACGGACCACGGUCACAAACCCGCGGCCGGAAACACCCCCGCACCACCCACCUCCUCCACCACUCCCUCGACCACCCGGCCUGCCCCCCCUCCCUCGUCCGUGCCGCUUCAUCCCGUGCCGACGACACCCCUUCACCCCGUCGCGCCCCUUCACCCCGUCGCUCCCCUUCACCCCGUCGCUCCCCUUCACCCCGUCACACCCCUUCACCCGGUGCAACCGGUGCUCCCUCCUACGACCACCACACACGCGCAUCCACCCCCGUCGACAACCACGAAUCCCGGCUACGGGUUGCAAACGGCGGUAAUCAAUCCGCUCCUGUACAAGCCCAUCAAACCGGUCUAUCCGUUCUACUAUUACCAGAACGUCGCGUAUCAGGUACCGAAACCGGCGUUGCCCACUUAUCCGUGGAGCUACGCGCCGACCUAUGCUCAAGCGAAACCGACCCAAAUAUGGUAA